CAGAAGCCGGCAUUCCGCAGGGGCCUGCCCGGUUGCCGUGGCAGCGGCAUCCGGAAGUGGUCCGGAGUGCAGGGGCGAGUGGAGUCCUGCGGGUGCAGGCGCACGUGUGUGCAUAGGGUGAGGGUGCAAGAGGGGUGUGCAAGGGGCUUUGCGCGGUUAGUGUGCAAGGGCGUGUGCACAGGUUGAAUAUGUAAGGGACGUGCACGGGACAAGCGUGUAAAGGAGUGCGCAUAGGGGGAGCGUGCCAGCGGGUACAACGGGCUGGGCCGGGUGUGUGUGCAAGGGUGUGUGUGUUGCCAGAGUAUGUAAAGGAGUUGGCACGGUGAGUGUGCAAGGAUGUGUGUCGGGUGAGUGUGCAAUGGACUUUGCAUAACUGCAAGAGGGGAGUCAUCACGUAAAGCGUGCAAGGGGCUUUGCACGGCCAUGGCCGAGCUGCACGUCAUCGGUCAGAUCGUGGGCGCCAGCGGCUUCCCCGGCACCAGCCUCUUCUGCAAGUGGGGCAUCCACGCAGGCGGCGCCUGGAAGCUGCUGUCAGGGCUGCCGGAGGGGCAGACGCAGGUGGACCAGCCCCAGCUGGACGACGUGGCCUACUGGUGCCACCCCAUUGACGUGCACUUCGCCACCAAGGGGCUGCAGGGCUGGCCGCAGCUGCACCUGCAGGUGUGGCACCAGGACGGGUUUGGGCGCACGGAGCUGUACGGCUACGGCUGCCUGCACGUGCCAGCGGCGCCCGGCUGCCACACGAUCGCCUGCCCCACGUGGCGCCCGCGGGGGUCGUGGCCCGAGCGCCUGGCACAGCGCUUCGUGGGGGGGGGCCCCCAGCUGCGCCAGCCCCAGGCUGCCGCCGCCGCGCCCGAGCGCCACCGCCUGCGCACCACCGCCGCCGGCACCGUGCACCUGCGCCUCGGCGUCCUGCCGCGCCACUUCGCCCGCUACGGCGUUGAGUGCUAGCACCACCCCCCCCCACGGGCGCUCCCUGAGGACCCCCAGAGUCCCCCUGACCCCCCAAUGCCCCUCCUACCACCUGGGGCCCCCUAUAAACCCCCCCUACAGAUCCCCCCCACGGGAUCUCCCUGUCCCUCUUACCCUCUGCCCCCCACAGCCCCCCCAUGCUUGCCAUGGCCUCUACCUGCAUCCCCGUUCCCCUGUGGCUACACCUCCCCCCCCCCAUACCCCUCUUACUCCCUGGCGCUUCCCAGAGACCCCCACGGCCCCCCGCUACUGCCCACAGGUUCCCCCUGCCCGCCCACUAUCCCCUGGCCCCCCCACAGAGCCCCCCACAGUCAUUCCCUGCCCCCAUUCCCCUGGGGCCACACCCUCUGACCCCCUGAGGCUCCCCAUGGACCCCCCGCGGGCCCCUCCUGCCCCCCCAGACCCACCCUGGAGGUUGGGAAGGCCGAGGGGCUGUGGCUGGGGGCGGACAGAGGCCCCCCCACCGCGCUGCUGGUCUUGGCGCUGAUGUGGGGCCAGACCCCCCUGCACUAGGAUUCCCUCCCGGCUCUGAGACCCCCCCAUUUGUACAGACCCCCCCUCCUUUUUCUAUAAAGGCUCUUUUGUACCA